CCUCUCUAUCUGAGAAUUUCCCAGCAAAAACCUCAAACUUGGAAUCUCAACUAUCAAAGCGGCGUCGUUUCAAGCAUGAUUAUAGUGUUGUUCUAAAGCUCCAAGCUUUAAGUUCUGGGCGCUACAAUUUUGGAGUACCCAACAGCGAAAUGGCGCUAAAUUUGCCGACUUCGUGCCCCAUUUUCGCGCCACCGGUGAACCCGAACCCGGCCCACAACCCACUCCAGACCCGCCCGCCCACGGAGGUCCGAUUCGCGAGGUGGAACAACGCCAACGCCGAGAAAUUCAACCAGCGCCGCCGCGCCCAGCAAGAAAUCGAGGACGACGUCCGCCGCGAGCGCCGCUUCGACUCCGCCACCAGAAUCGCCACCGUCGCCGCCGCCGACUCCUCCACCUCCUCCGACGCCGAACCAACAUUCAAAUCCAUAGGCACGCCUUCGUCUCCCUCAAGCCCUUCAAUUCCCGGCAGAAAAUCCAAGUACUCCAAGAACCCUAGCCCUAGCUCGCACCCGGCGUUUCGGCGAGUCAUCAGACCCACGAAGCUCUCGAGUAUCGCCAGAGAGAAGCCGGAAAUCGACCGGAAAGCUAACAUCUCCGUCGGCGACGACGGGCUUUCGUACGUCAUCGACGGCGCGCCGUUUGAGUUCAAGUACAGCUACACCGAGACCCCGAAGCAGAAGCCCAUUAAGCUCCGGGAGCCGCCCUACGCGCCGUUCGGCCCCACCACGAUGGGCCGGCCGUGGACGGGUCGGGCCCCAUUGCCUCCGAGCAAGAAGAAACUGAAGGAGUUCGAUUCGUUCCAGCUACCGCCGCCGCAUAAGAAAGGGGUUAAGCCGGUGCAGUCGCCGGGUCCGUAUUUACCCGGGUCGGGUCCCAAGUAUGUCAAGUCCAGGGAGGAGAUAUUGGGUGAGCCGUUGACCGAUCAGGAAGUCAAAGACUUGGUUAAUAGCUGUGUUAAGACCAGAAGGCAACUCAAUAUGGGUAGAGAUGGAUUGACACACAACAUGCUGGAUAAUAUUCAUGCUCAUUGGAAGCGGCGGAGAGUGUGCAAGAUAAAAUGUAAAGGGGUGUGUACAGUCGACAUGGAAAAUGUGUGCCAGCAAUUAGAGGAAAGAACUGGAGGGAAAAUCAUUUAUAGAAGAGGUGGGGUGAUUUUUCUUUUCCGGGGGAGAAACUACAACUAUAAAACUCGGCCGCGGUUUCCUCUCAUGCUUUGGAGACCUAUCACUCCUGUGUAUCCUAGAUUGAUUCAGAGGGCUCCUGAGGGACUAACAGUUGAAGAAGCAACUGAAAUGCGCAAGAAGGGGAGGAAUCUGAUACCAAUACGCAAGCUAGGAAAAAAUGGAGUAUACUCUGACCUGGUAGACAAUGUCAGAGAGGCCUUUGAAGAGUGUGAACUAGUGCGAAUAGAUUGUCAAGGGAUGAAUGGGAGUGACUACCGUAAAAUAGGUGCUAAACUAAAGGAUCUUGUCCCUUGUGUGCUAAUUUCCUUUGAACGCGAGAACAUUCUUGUGUGGAGAGGACAGGAAUGGAAGUCUUCUUUCCUAAAUCCGGAGAGUAAUCUUAAGGAAGUCAAAGAAUCUGAUGUUGAUGAUUCAUCUUCUAUUGCACCUUCCUUGGAAGGUGAAGAAGCAUUGACGUUAUGUGCUUUUACAGCUUCAGUCAAUGAUGAAAAUCCUCAAAUGAUCGACACUAGUAUCACCUCUUCAAGUUCUGAAGUUGUGGGUGCUGAGGGAACUGAGGAUCCAUCCCCUUCACCAUAUAUUGAGCCAUGUGCCACAAUUGAUACAGUUUCCACUGUGGGAGGCACUUAUGAAACUGUAACCAUCUCGGACAUCAAAGGCUUUAGAAAUGAUGAAGCAGAAUUGGAGAUGAAGGCCUAUAGCAGUUCAACCAUACCACAGGAUACCAGGGAUGCUCAUGAUGAGGCAGAAACGAUUUCCAUCUCAGACAUCAAGGGCUUUAGAAAUAAUGAAGCAGAAUUGGAAAUGAAGGCCUAUAUCAGUUCCUGCGGCAAUGCUGAUGAUGAGACCAAAACAAUUUCCAGUACAUCUGGAACUGAAAACAUAUUGGAUAGUACGUGCCAUACUGAUGAAGCAUCAGCAACUACAUCAGUGGGGACCGGGACCAUGCCAGUGACUGUUGAAAGCACUGAAACGAAGUUGGUUGCCCCUGGUAGUAAUGAGACUCCACAAGAUGCUUGUAUAGACUCGCAAAAUCUCAAUGAGCAAGCAAGGUUGAGUGCAGCCUGUAAAGAGAAGGUGCUAUCACUCUUGAACGAAGCUGUUGGGAGUGGGAGUGCACUUAUUUUAGACGAUUCGUCGUUGGAUGCUGACAUCAUAUAUCAGAGGGCAGUUGCUCUCGCCAAUUCUGCUCCACCUGGGCCAGUGUUUAAGCAUCGACCUAGGAGAGUUGCAGCUCAAAUGAGUAAGAAGCUAGUAGUAAGAAAACAGAAGCAAGAAGCCACUGAGUUGGAAGUGAAAGAGAUAACAGUUUAUGCGAAGAAGGGAAGUGAGAAGAAGGAUUCCAAAGUUCACAGAACAAAAACAAGAGAUUUUGGUGAACCUCUAGAUAGCAUUGUACCACAGGGAAGCCUGAGAGUUGAUGAACUUGCUAAGCUAUUAGCAUGAUAUGCAUCUUAGCACUCUGUCGAUGUAUUUUUGCAUAUGCAAUGGUGUAUAGAAUUUUUGGUGAUGCAUUCUACCUCAUAAUCUUACAUGCCUUCGCUUA